AUGCCGACUAGUAAUAAUCAUGCUACAGGCAUUGAAACCAAUGGAAUAUCAGUUGAAAGCAAAUCGCACCCAACUCGAACAAGCUCCAACAAAUUAGAGGAUCAAGCUGCCACAGCAGCUCUUUACGUGACAAAUCAAAAUAAUCAAACGCCCAAGACGGGUUAUGAAUUUCUGGACAGCGACAAUAAAUUGUCGUCUGCAGGUGCAGCAGCAUCCCUCAAAUACGCGAAGCCCCGAGAUUUACCAAGUUACCCCUCCACCGGAUUGAACAAGAGUCAGUCGGCAGCUGGAGCAGCAGCAUCUUUGGGUUGGCAGAACCAAAAGACUUUCGAACAUUGGAAACCAGAUCCGUCCGCUGCGGCGUCUGCUGCUGCGAUGUUAGCUAAGGAUUACAAAAUGAAGCCCAUGUGGCAGCCAGAAGCAAGUGCGCAUGGCGCAAAAGCAGCUUUGUUGGCUCAUAAAGCCAAUAAAGGUGUCGAAUUGUGGCAACCGGAGCCUACCGCAUGGGGAAAUACUGCCGCCACUCAAGCUAUGAAGAAGGGGAACACAUUAUCACCGCAAUUGGAUUAUGGGCACACUGCUGUUGGAAGACAGGGUUCCCUUUUGGCCGCGACUGGUGCUAUGGCUAGCAGCAGGAAACGUGCAAAUUCGACACCAGUGAAGACUCAAAGACCCGAAACCUAUCCUGACGAAGCCAAUGCUGCCAGUAAUGCUUUGAGAGCUGCAAAGUCUGUUCACAAAUCUCAAAUCGGUGCUGGAAAAGCUACCAAUACUGGUCAAACAAAUACACCCAGUAAUGCCAUGAAAGCUGCAGUCGCUGUUCAUAGAUCCAACACUGUUCUAAAACCCAAUACCUUCGAAAAGAGUGUUGGAUCAGUACCAUUCACAACAAUGCCGCGAGAAAUGUAUACGUCUCAGCCACCUGUCGACCAAUUUGAACAGGAGCUGCCCAAAGACCAAAAUCGUGAAGAUGUCCUUAAAGCCUCAGCAAUUGCCAUGGCAAAAAAAAUGUACAACCAACAGCAGAAACAAAGUGCUGCUACUUCCAAUGCGCAAUCUGGUGCGGCUGCAGCACACGGCCAGCGAAGACUUUCUAUAGAUAGCGAUGAUGAACCUACACCGAUGCGUUUUGAUAAUCUCCAAGCAAGAGCACAGCAGCUCACCAAUGAGUCGGUGGCGAGAAUGACAACCGAGGAUAUUCGAAAUCGUGAAUAUCGAGAUUAUUAUGGAGCUACUCCAAGUAUAUCUUCAAAGUUAUCUAAGCGUGGUCGGACAAGACGUCGGGCUUCCAGUUAUGAUGAGGAUCGCCAUCAGUCUGACAAAAUCCGAGCUCAGAUGAAUUUAUUCUCAAGCAAUAUCUCUAAAGUAGACGAAGAAAAGCGACAACGAGAUCGCGAUGCUUUACAUGCUGCAGCUAAGCGCAAUGUUAAUAAGGAUAUUCACGAGAUGGAUAAACAAGUAUUUAAAAAUACUGGCAAAGUUGCUCCAUCUCUACUCAACGAAUGGGAGCUGAAAGCACAUGAAGCUGCUCAAGCCCAGAGUAAAGCUAGAAUGGAGAAUUUUGGCAAAGUCGAUAUUGGUGGUGGAAAAUUUGUCGAUCAAAGUGUGAUUGAUGCUGCUGCCGCUAAAAUAAUCCAGCCACAAUUGGAGGAAAUCAACACAAAGGCAGAAGCUAAGAGGUUUCGAGAGGCUGAAUUGAAACUUGAGGAAGAGACUCGAAAGAGAAAAUCGCAAGAGAUUAAGAUGAGAGAGAAAGAGGAGAAAGAAAUCACCAAGAAAUUGAAGCAACAAGAAAAAGACGAAGAGAAAGAGCGCAAAGCUGAUGAGAAGGCCGCUCUAAAGGAACGUCGUAAAUCAACCACCAAAUCCGAACCAGGUGCUCCAGUUUCAAAAACCUCACCCACCAGCGUACCUGGCGAAUCUGAACGUCCCACUACGGCUCCAGCUCCAGUACCUAUUCGUACUUCUAUAGAUGGGAAUAGUACUCAUGUAUCUGGAGCUACAGAUGAUCCACACACAAGUCAACAGGUUUCAUCCAAUGCCCCAUCACCAACUUCUGAGAGUGGUUCCAAGGUGAAGAAUUGGCUUAAGUCGAAAAUGGGAAGGAUAUCUGGUCGUCACUCAAAAUCUUUAUCAGAAUCUAAUGCUAUUAAAGAUGAGAAAGGAUUUGUGGGUGGUCAUACCUACACAGGUGCAAGUGUUAAUAAUAGUACGACAUCUCUUAGUCGACAAAGUAUAAGGGACGUUGCAAAUGCCACCGCUCUUGUCCCCGGAACCAAUCCCACUGUUGCUCCUACUCAACAACCAGAAGAGUUUGAAAGAGUAGGCAGAAGUAAAGUAAGACCAGGAGAUGAUGUGAGUAGCCUUAGCGAAUUUAGUGACAAAGCAAAGGGCAGAGAAGACAUUACAAGUGGCGACGAUGAUGAUGAUGACUUUCAGGAGGCAAGAGACAACUUUAAUGACGAGUUGGCGCCGCCUAGACCAUUCUCAUCUCACGGAGCAGUCAGUACGAGUCCGGGUAGAGCCCCUAGAUUUCAUGAGGAGAUCUAA